UUGCGGUGUAGGCUGUAUUCCUCAUCGUGGGGUAAACCUCGCCAGGUCACCAUGUUAACACGAUGCUCUGAUCGCUCGCGCAGCGGGAAGCGCUUUCCUGUUCCUGAGAGCCUCCUAGAUUGUGCAACUGUGCAGCCAUACGUGCAUAACUGCCUUGUCACCCUGCAUGAAGGAAGACAUGUAUAUCGGUUUUGCGUUUUCUUCAAGCGGCACUGUCGUCUGAGAGCCAAUCCACUUCUCAGCAGCAUUAACCAUGUAUUCCGAGGAGAUGCAGUGGUCAUGAGGAUUGGUUCUGGUGCCGGCUCUGUUGUGAACAUGCGAAGCAGGGACAAUUCACUUGCAGACUUCAUCAUGCAUCGGUAA